GGUAAACCGAGUCCUUUGUUAAUCGUAUAUCUUAUCCCCAUACAAACAAAGCCACCGUAGGACCGGCGGCUGGCCCAGUUGAUUAGCAGUAGCUAAUUCAACAUCUGCACGGGAAUAUCUCCAUGGCUCGCGUAACCUCAAAUCCCGUCGGCCUCCACAGAUUCCGACCCAGCUUCAGAACCCCUCAAGCCCCCCACCAGCUCUUCAAAACCGCUCUCCACUCCCAAACCACCGCUCGCAAAUUUCGGAGCUUAGCUCGUUGCCAAACAAACCCCGACCCAACCGAGACCUCUUCAACGGAAAAGGUGGUCAAUGGUAGUUCCAAUCCCCAAGACACAAGUGCCUCCGCGGAUAAUGGGCCUCCAGAAUUUCCAAACAAGAACAUCAACAAGCAGAUAGCAGUGGUUUCUACUCUCGCAGCAGUGGGGCUUUUCUUAUCGGCACGAUUGGAUCUCGGUGUUUCCUUGAAGGACCUAUCUGCUGCCGCAUUACCUUACGAAGAGGCUCUUUCCAAUGGAAAGCCUACUGUUGUGGAGUUCUACGCAGAUUGGUGCGAAGUGUGCCGGGAAUUGGCUCCGGAGGUCUACAAAGUUGAGCAACAAUUCAAGGAUCGCGUGAAUUUUGUUAUGUUGAAUGUUGACAACACGAAAUGGGAACAAGAGCUUGAUGAGUUUGGCGUUGAGGGCAUUCCUCACUUUGCGUUUCUAGACAGAGCUGGGAAUGAGGAGGGUAAUGUAGUUGGGAAGCUUCCAAGGCAGUACCUGCUUGAGAACGUGGAUGCCUUAGCCCGAGGGGAAGCAUCUAUACCUCAUGCCCGUGUCGUGGGACAGUAUUCAAGUGCUGAAGCAAGGAAGGUGCACCAAGUUGUCGAUCCAAGAAGUCAUGGUUAGAUGUUACUUUCCCCUGCAGCAGCAACCCAUCAAUUUGUCACUUGUAAUACAUGUACGAGGUACUUCCACACUUACUGAUGUGCUUGUACUUAUGUUGUACUCACUGUGAACAAGUUUAUAAUAUUAUGGAAAAAUUGCAUCGGCAA